AGAAGUGAGCUGUAUGUGACUUUCUGAGAUGUAAGGUAAUACCUUAUUACCUUGCCAGCCUUCCGGAAGCCCCGCGUAACCUCGAUAGCCGCAGGACGGGAGGAAGCAGGAACACUGGAAUCUUUAAAUCCGCCAUUCUUGAGAGUCCGUUGGCCUCAUAGAAUAGGCGAUAAAUCUAAGACUGAGAGGACUCUUUUAAACUUUGGUAGGAGCCCGAGUGGGGCUAACGGCGAGGAGGCUUCCCGGCCGGGACAGGCCCUGGUGCGCUGCCGUUGUUGGAGAAGUUGUGGUUUCCGUCCGAUGUUUUCCUCAUCCUCAUAAACCAUCCUUCCGUGUGUCUUCCGCGGGACCACUGUACCGCUCCGACUCCAUCACCGCAUCAGCAUGGCCAUUUCAUCACGCCUCGCCCUGUGGGAGCAAAAGAUCCGGGAAGAGGACAAGACCCCCCCGCCCACCUCCCCGCCCCCACUCUUCUCCGUCAUUCCGGGGGGCUUCAUCAGGCAGCUGGUCCGGGAGACGGAGAAGGAGGCCAAGGACCUGAAGCGGAAAAAGAAAGCGGCAGCGGCGGUCACCGCUCAGGAGACGCAAGAGGUGCCGGGACAGAAGGACCGGGAACCCGAGCGGAAGAACAACUCAGUCAGGAGGACACCCCCCGACGGCAGUCCGGCGGCCGGCCCAACCGAGGAGCUGGUUCCGAAAGAGGAGGACAGCAUCCCGCCGGGCAGAAAGGACCAGCAGACCGGGGCCGGCCGGUCGGCCGUGACCAGCGUCAGUGAGGAGAAACCCCCUCCGAGGAGACCCGUCGCCAUCAGCAGAGGCCCGGGGAAGUGUCUGGGAGGGUCCAGUGUCCAGGGGGCGGGGAAAGCCCGGUCGGGGGCAGAGGCGGAGCCCUCCGGCCCGGACCGGAAAGCCGGACCGGGCAGUCCCCAGGCCCAUGAGCCUCCGGCUCCGGACAAGACCGAGGAGAAGGGGGACGGUGGUCUGGGGAGCAACUCGGGCCUCCAGCGUGGGGGUCAGGGCUCAGUCAGACCAGAAGAAGCCCCGGGGGCUGUGGACCCGGGCAGAGGAAGUACGCUUCUGAAUAAGGGUGGGAACUUUCAAACCUCAGGAGGGAAGCGGGCAGAAACCAAGGCCGGAGGGACACCGGGGAGUGGGCCCCAGGACCGUCGGUGGGAAGGGAACCAGGGCCAAAGCCAGGGGAUGAAAGGGCGUGACCCUGAGGUGAGCCAGGGUCAGGAGUCCACAGGCAGAGAGGGCCAACCCCACCCAGCUGUGGCCAAGGGGGAAGAACCCCGAAAGGAGUCAGAACCUGGGGACCGGCCCUUACGGUCAGCGGGGAUGAGGGAUGAGGCUCAGAUUAGAGCAGAGAAGGGGGCAGAGCCCCAAAAGGGAGCAGAGAAGGGAAGCAAGUCCCAGGUGCAAGUGAGAAAGUGGGGGCAAUCCUGUGCUAAAGUGGGAAAAAUGGAUGAGCCCUCAGCCAAGGCUGGAGGGGAGACUGGACCCCAAGCCAAGAGCGGAGGGGAGACUGGAUCCCGGGCCAAGACCGGAGGAGAGGCUGGACCCCAGGCCAAGACUGGAGUGGAGGCUGGACCCCGGUCCGAGACCGGAGGGGAGGCUGGAUCUCAGGCCAAGAUAGAAAAGGAGACUGAAUUUGGCUGGAGGAACGGAUCGCAAAAGGACUUGGAAUCAGAGAGCCGAGGACAAACCAGAAGGCCAGGUUGGGAAGAGCCCAGCCACGGCAUGAGUACCGGCGGGGAAGCUCAGAGCAAAGAGGCAGACGGAAACGAACCCCAGACCACAGCGGCAGGAGGCCCGGAGCCUCAAACCGACAAGGAGAGUGGAGGAGAGCCAGCCACAGUGCUGGAGCAAGAAGACGGGGAACAGGGACGAGAUGAUGACUCGGACCAGGAGUCGGAAGACAGAUGGUAUGAAACCGAGAAAGUCUGGCUGGUGCAGAAAGAUGGAUUCGUUCUGGCGACAGUGACGAAGCCGGACGUGGGGACCCCGGAGCUGGCGGCCGGAAGGGUGAGGCUGCGCCUGGAAGCGGAUGACAGCAUCACCGAGGUGGAUGAGGAGAACGUCCAGCGGGCCAACCCGGCUGAGUACGACCUGGCCGACAAUCUGGCCGCCCUGACCAGCCUCAACGAGUCGAGCGUCUUGAACACGCUGAGGCACCGCUACGGGGCCCGGCUCACCCACACCUUCGCGGGCCCCGACCUGAUCGCCCUGCAGCCCGGGGGGGCCGGAGACCCCGACGCCAUGAAGGUGCCGCGAGGGCGUCGGGCCGGGCUCCCGCCGCCCCACGUCUGCUCCCUGGCCCAGGGGGCUUACUGGGCCAUGCUGGGCCAGCGCCGGGACCAAGCCAUCGUCCCUCUGGGCCGCAGCGGCUCCGGCAAGACGGCCACCUGCCAGCAGGCCCUGGAGCACCUGGUCGGCUUCGCCGGCUCCGUGGACGGACGUCUCUCAGCGGAGAAGAUCCGGGCCAUGUUUACGGUCCUUCGCGCCUUCGGCUCCGUGUCCGGCGGCCACCCCGGCGGUUCCACCCGCUUCUCCAUGAUCGCCUCCCUGGACUUCGGCGCUUCCGGCCGCGUCGCCGCCGCCCACCUCCAGACUCUGCUGCUGGAGAGCGUGAGAGUGGCCCAGCAGCCGGAAGGAGAAAGCAACUUCCUGGUGUUCUCCCAGAUGCUGGCCGGAUUGGACCUGGACCUCAGGACGGAGCUGUUCCUGCACCAGAUGGCCGAGAGCAACGCCUUCGGCAUGGGCUUCUGGACCAAGGCCGAAGAAAAGCAGAAAGCCGCAGCGGCCUUUACCCAGCUGCAAGCAGCCAUGGCGACCCUGGGCAUCCUGGCCAGCGAGCAGAAAGCUAUCUGGAGGGUGCUGGCCGCCAUCUAUCACCUGGGAGCUGCAGGGGCCUGUAAAGUGGGCAGGAAGCAGUUCAUGCGGUUCGAGUGGGCCAACCAGGCCGCGGCCGUGCUGGGCUGUGACUACGAGGAGCUGAGCGGCGCCGUCUUCAAGCACCACCUCCGCCACAUCAUCGAGCAGGUCACCUCCGGACGGGGCCGAGGGCCGCGGCCGGAGCAGGAGCCGCCCACGCCAGGGCCCAAGAUGACCGGGGUGGAGUGUGUGGAGGGAAUAGCUUCGGGCCUCUACGAAGAGCUCUUCGGCGUCAUCGUCUCGCUCAUCAACAGGUCGUUGACUUCCGACCACCUGGCUGUGGCGUCCAUCUCGGUGGUGGACACGGCGGGCUUUCAGAACCCCCGCCACCAGAAGAAGGAGCGAGCGGCCACGUUCGAGGAGCUGUGUCACAACUACGUCCACGAGCGCCUGCGGGCCUUGUUCUACGAGAGGACCUUCGUGUCCACGCUGGACAGGUUCAAGGAGGAAAACAUCAAGGUGCAUUUUGAGCUCCCCGAGGAGUGUCCGGCACCCACCGUGGCUGCCGUCGAUCGAAACGCCAUGCAGUGGCGCGUGCCAGUUGGAGCUGCGGCCGAGGAGGCUCGGGGCCUGUUCUGGCUCUUGGACGAAGAGGCCCAGGUGGAGGGCUCCAGCGAGAGCGUCGUCCUCGAUCGCCUCUGCGCUGCCUUUGGCCAGAAGGGACCCGAUUCCGCAGGGGAGGCGGCGGUGCGCAGGUGCGAGCAGGCCGGGCAGAUGGAGCUGAACCACCAGCUGGGCCGGGACCCCGUGCGCUACGACCUGAGCGGCUGGCUCCGCAAGGCCAGGCCCAACCUGUCGGCCCAGAACGCCGGCCGCCUGCUGCAGCAGUCGCACAGGGAGGAGGUGCGGAGCCUGUUCCUGCCCCGCUCCCAGCUGCCCGUCCCGUGCCGCUCGCUCUCCGGCCUGGACGUCCGCUCUGCGCAGGCCCUGCGCAGGAUCGGCUGCGUGAGGAAGACCUUCGCCAGCAGCUUCGCCGCAGUGAGGGGACGCUCCGUGUGUGCCCAGAUCAAACUUCAAGCGGACGCCCUGGUCAGCGUCAUCCGCCGGGCCCAGGUGCAUUUCGUCCACCGCCUGGUGCCCCGGGCGGACGUGGCCGGUCCGGAGGGCCGCCACCCGCCUCCCAGUGAAGCCGCGGCCGGGCCGGGCGACCUCCUCGUGGACGUCCCCGUCCUGAGGGCCCAGCUGGCCGGAGCCCAGGUCCUGGACGCCCUGCGACUCCACAGGACAGGCUACCCCGACCACAUGGGCUUCCCCCAGUUCCGCCGGCAGUUCCAGGUGUUGGCACCACUGUUCGUGAAGAACCUUCCGUCGGCUUCCGAGGGGAUCGACGAGGGGAAGGCCGUACGGGAGCUCUUGGAAGCCCUGGAUCUGGAGAAGAGGAGCGUCCGCGUGGGCCGCAGUCAGGUUUUCCUCAAGGCCGGGGUCCGCGCCAGGCUGGAGAAGGAGCGGGAGAAGCUCGUUUCCCAGAGUGUGGUUCCCUUCCAAGCCGCCUGCAAGGGUUUCCUGUCCAGACAGAAAUUCAAGAGAGCGAAGAUGGAGCGCCUGGCGGCCCUGUGCAUCCAGAAGAACCUGCGGGCGUACGAGGCGAUCGAAGACUGGCCCUGGUGGCGGCUGCUGGCCGCCGUCCGGCCCCUGCUCAGCACCGCCCUGGAGGCCCACCAGCUCCGGGCCAAGGAGGAGGAGCUGGAGGCCCUGAGGAGGAAACUCGACAAGUCGGAGAAGGCGCGGAACGAACUCCGGCAGAACGCCGAUCAGCUGGGAAGCAAGAUCGCGGACCUGACCAUGGAGCUCUCGGACGAGCGGUCGAAGGGGGACGUGGCCAGUCGCGUCCUGGAGGGCGCACGAGCCGAGGGUCUCCGCGCCUCCAGAGAGAUCAGGGAGCUGAAGAGUAAAUAUGAGCAAGUGCAGAAGAAUCUGGGGAUGGUUGAGAAGCAGCUGGAGGAAGCCCAGAAGAAAAUUGAGCUGUGCGAGUCGGAAAAAAGUAACUCGAUAGGAGACGACGGGUGGCAGACGCGCUUCGACUGCGCUCAGAUGGAAAUCGAGUUUCUGCGGAAGCGGGUCCUGCAGUGCGAGGAGAGGCUGGAGUCGGAGCUGAACUCCCGGCGGGAGCUGGACCAGAAGCUAGGGGAGGCGCAGAGCGCCCUGGAAGGGGCCAAGAAGGCGGCCCAGCAGCUGAAGAGGAAGUGCCGCCAUCUGACCUGUGACCUGGAAGAUGCUCGUGUCCUGCUAGAAAGCCAGCAGAGCCGCAACCACGAGCUGGAGAAGAGACAGAAACGGUUCGAUAUGCAGUUGGCCCAAGCCCUGGGAGAGUCACGGUUUGAAAAGAGCCUCCGGGAAAAGGUGACCCAGGAGAACACUUCCAUCAGGUGGGAGUUCAGCAAGCUGCAGCAGAAGUUUGAGCAAAAAGAAGAAGAAGCUUCGGCUCUGAAGCAGCGAGUGGCCUUGUUGGGGUCCCGCAUCCAGGAGCUGUCCGCCCCCCAGAUGCCACACGGAACCGACGUAGCCGCCCUGAAGAAGCAGCUCUGGGAUCUGGAAGCGAACGCGGCCGAGCAGGAGAGAACCCUGAGGCGGCAGGAAAACACGAUCCAGCAACUGGAGCAGCUCCGCCACCGCUUUGAGCUGGAAAUCGAGAGGAUGAAGCAGAUGCACCAGAAGGAGGAGGAGGACAAGGAGGAGGAGCUGGAAGAUGUGCGCCAGUCCUGUCAGAAGCGGCUCCGCCAGCUGGAGAUGCAGUUGGAACAGGAAUAUGAGGAGAAGCAGAUGAGCCUCCACGAGAAGCAAGACUUGGAAGGACUCAUCGCGACCCUGUGCGAGCAGAUCGGCCACCGGGACUUCGACGUGGAGAAGCGGCUCCGGAGGGACUUGAAGAGAACCCACGCCCUCCUGGCCGACGCCCAGCUCCUGCUGGGGUCCCUGGGGGAGGCCGGGAACACGGGCGCCAAGGACGAGCUGGAGAAGGCCCGCGCUCAGCUGCAAGACAGCGAGGCCAGGUGUGUGGAGGCCCAGAAGAUGCAAAAGACCAUGGCAGCGGAGUUGGAGAACUUGCACAUGGAGUUGGAGGGCAUCACCAGGAACAAGAUUCUGGUAGAGGAGCAGCUGUACCAGCUGCAGCACGAGCGAGCCGACCUCCUCCGGCGCCUCGACGAAGACCAAGAGGACCUGAAUGACAUCCUGACGAAGCACAAGAACCUCAUCGCCCAGUCCGCCGCCGACAUCGCUCAGAUCCGGGAGCUCCAGCAACAGCUGGAGGAAGCCAAGCAGGAGAAGCAAAGCCUCCGGGAGAAGUUGCGGGCGACUGAGGGGCGGCUGGACUUCCUGGAGCGAAGCACGGUGGAGCGCGGCAUCGUCAGCCGGCAGGAAGCCGUCAUCUGCGACCUGGAGAACAAGCUGGACUUCCAGUCGGUGCAGAUCAAGAGAUUGGAGGUGCUGGUUUUCCGUCUGCGGGGCAGCGUGCUGAAGAUGGGCGAGGAGCUGGAGAAGGCCGUGGAGGCGGAGAGCCGGGAGAGGGAGAACAGCCGCUACUACCAGAGGAGGCUGGAGGAGCUGAAGGCCGAGAUGGACGCGCUGGCGGAGCGGGAACUCGGGGCCGGACGCCGGCGGGUGGAGCUGGAGAAGCACGUGGAAGAACUUUCGGCUGUGAGACAGACGUUGCAGGCGGACCUCGAGACGGCCAUCAGGCGGAUCGCCGAUCUUCAGCUCGCUCUGGAAGAGGUGGAGUCCAGUGACGACAGUGACGCCGAAAGUGUCCAGACCACGCUGGAGUCCACGUGUUCCCCCAGGCGGCGGGCCGGCGGGUCACCGGCGGGCUCGGCCACGAGCUCUCGGCCGGGAGCGAGCGGCGGAUCCUGGCUGAGCGCCUCCCUGGGCCGGUCGUCGCCAUCCCGCACCAGCGGAGCCGGGAGCCUCUUCGGCCUCAGCGUCCUCGGCCCCAGGUUGAACAGAGAAUCCAGAGACCAGGAUCCAAGCCCAGUGGCCUCUCCGGUGGGCCCGAGCCGGGGAGUCCCCGGAGAAAACUGGGGAGACGGGGAUUUCGAUCGCCUCUCCCUCUCGUCUCUCAGAACCGCGAGGCGCGAUCUCGGCAAGCCGGCAGACGGCGAGGGUCCGGGCGGCCGGAGAAGACCCGUAGAGGGCGGCGGGGCCCUUUCUCCCCCGGCCCGGAGAGGAAGCCCGGCCCCGCCGUCGGAAGCAAGACUCCCGAGUCCUUCGCAGGCCCUGUCGGAAUUUGUCGAAGAACUGAGGAGAAAAAGACGGUGGGAGAAGGAGCAGGGAACCCUGGGAUGGGAGGACCCUUCCCCGUUGCCCAUCUACCAGACCACGGGGGCCUCCGCUCUGAGGAGAUACAGAAGCGCGCGCGAGAGCGGCCUGUUGUCGUCCCCCACGCUUGGGGAGAGGCCUCGUCCCGCCCCGGGCCUGGUACGCUCCACCAGCCUCAGGUGCCUCGCCACCGACGCCGUGGACGCCGUCUCGCCCGGGCCGGGGGAGAGGAGGGCCGGAUUCGGAUCCUGCGAGUCCAUCUUCGGGGCCGGAGGCCGCGACCGGAGCUCCGGCCGUGAGCCGGGCCGCGCGGGGUCGUCGGAGGACGCGGCGGUCCCCGUCCCGGGCCGGGCCCCGCUGGUGUUCCAGAACAGGCAGUUCUCCGGCCUGCUGGACGAGCUAGGGGACGACGACCCUCUCACGCCCGGGCUGCCCUGGCUCCGCUACUACCCGGGGACCCGAGUCGAUUUCGACGACUUUCUCCCGGCCAUCCGGAAGCCGGAGGCUCCCGGGUCCGAGAGGGACGGGAGAGGAGGUCGGGUGCCGCCGCCCGGGAUCUUGGAAGGACGGGCUCCGGGGGGCCGUCUUGAUCCCGGGGUCGAGGCCGUUCCGAAGAAAAACCCGGAGCCCGACACGGAGCCCGGCCACCUCUCCGACUCGUCCUCGUCUUCCGGUUCCGUCUUCUCGUACAGAAGCGCCGACAGCGUAAAGAGUCGGCCGGGAUCGCGGGGAUCGGGAGGGAUCGUCUCCGCUGGGACGGACGUCCCCAGGGAGCGGCAGGAAGCUGGGCGCUCGGAGGCCGAAGGGGAAGAAGACGGCCUCGGAAGUAUCAUGAAGAAAUAUCUCGGAAAGUAGGACGCCAGUAUCCGGAAUGGUGUUUUUUUUCCUCGACGUGUUCUCAGCUCCUUAGACGUUUGAAGAGAAAGCUGCGGGAAGGUUCCGUUGACCCUUUUCUGCUUAGAGCGGUGCCUACCCAAAGGCACGGUUCGAUCGGAAGCGGAUGCGGGAGGGGAGAACGCCGUGCUCGGAAAAUAAAAAUAAAACACGUUUGCUUCUUUGAA